AUGUCACACAAGACAGACACCCUGGAGACUCGAAUCAGGCCCUCUGUCAGCCACGGCUCCACGUCGUCGCUCGAGUCCAUCGCAUCGCACCAACCCCAGCAGCUCCACCAGCCCAUCCGCGGAUCCUCGUCCUCGUUGGAGUCCAGCGACGACAAGGCAGUCCAUCCCAUCGGCCUCAGCGAUGAUCUCCCUGCAAGAAGGGCGUCUGUGUCCACUGCUGGCCAGUCAUUCCAGUCGCUUCGCACCACGUCCAUCGACUCUGGACGGCUAAGCAGAAUCGCCUCUGCGUACUCUGUCCACGACAUCUACGGCCAGUUGGACGACGCCAACAUCGCCCUCCGUCGUACGGCGUCCAGGACCACCAUCCUCACCACGUUGUCCCAGCGGGUGCAGCUGGAGCUCGACCGUCAGGAGUCCCGCCAGACCCACUACUUGCGCAAGGACCAAACUGGCAGCCAACAGGGUCCAAAGGAUGAAACGGGUGAAAAGGAUCAAGAGGGUCAAAAUGACCAAUACCAAACCAACCAGGACGCCUGGGACACGCCCCUUUACUCCCAAAUUCCCGACGUCUCAGUCCCCACCAAGGACUACGGUGCCGAGUUUGCUGACGCCGACCCCGAACUCGUCACCUGGGACGGUCCAGACGAUCCAGACGACCCUCGCAACUGGUCCUUCAGCAGCAAGGUGGUGGUCACACUCGUGGUGUCGGUGUACACGUUGGUGUCACCCAUGUCAUCGUCCAUGCUUUCGCCAGCCAUUGGCAACAUCGCGAGCGAUAUUGGCAUGACAUCCACAGUGGCCACCCUCAGCAUCUCCAUCAUGGUGCUCUCGUGGGCGUUGGGCCCUUUGUUGAUCGCCCCUCUCUCAGAAAGCGACUACGUGGGCCGUAGGCCUGUGCUUAACGUGUCGAUCUGGGUCAACUUUGCAUUCAACCUCGGGUGUGGUUUCGUCAAAACCCCAGCCCAGCUCUGUGUGCUACGGUUUCUUGGUGGCUUGGGUGGCUGUGCGCCCAUGAACGUCGGAGCCGGGGCUUUGGCCGAUAUCUGGAGCGAUGAACACCGUUUGGUGGCGUUGGCAGCGUACUCCAUUGCUCCUACGCUUGGACCUGUGCUUGCGCCAGUGAUUUCCAGCUUCAUUGUGCAGAACAAGUCGUGGCACUGGGUAUUCUACGUGUUGGGCAUCUUCAACGGCUUCGUGGCUGUGGUAGGCACCAUCUUCCUCAGGGAAACGUACCUGCCCAAGCUUCUCAGGCUCAAGUGCCAGAAGCUCCGCAAAAUCACCAAAAACGACCAUCUCCACACCAUCUUCGAGAUCGCGGAUGGCGAGACUACCUGGGGUAAAAUCUCGGUGCAGAUCAGCAGGCCUAUCAAGCUCCUAGUCACCCAUCCCAUGGUGCUUGGCUUGGGGGUGUUCAUGGCCUUCGUGUACGGAUUCAUGUACUUGAUGAUCGUGACGUUUCCCGACGUGUUCCGCGGCAGGUACGGCUUUGGUGUGGGCAUCGCUGGCCUCAUGUAUCUUCCAAUGGGUAUCGGCUAUAUCGUGGGCACCGUGUUCUGGACCUACGCCAUCCAGAAGAUCUACGUCCGCAUGGCGAACAACAACGGAGGUGUCGCUAAACCCGAGUACAGACUUCCGUGCUUGUGCUUUUCGGGGUUGGGCAUUCCCGUGGGACUCAUCUGCAUCGGCUCGGCCAUUUUCUCGUUUUCGUUCAUUGCCGUAUUCCAGACUAUCCAGAACUACCUCAUCGACAUGAACAACCGUUUCGCAGCCAGCUCGAUUGCUGCGGCUGCAGUGUUCAGGCUGUGUUUUGGGUUUGCGUUCCCAUUGUUUGCCAAGCAGAUGUACGUGCGGUUGGACUAUGGGUGGGGCAACACCAUGUGUGGUCUUAUUGCGUUGGUUCUUGGUCUCCCGUUUCCCGUGCUCUGUUUGGUGUAUGGAGAGCGGAUCCGCCAGUGGGCUAACUUACGCAUGGACCGCGAACAGGCCCAGAGGGACGCCAGGAACUUGGAGCGGUUGCAGCGGAUGCAGGUGCUGGGAUAG